CCAAGCAAAGAAGAGAGAAUGAACUCUAAUAUGCUUUCAUAUAUCCAAAGAAGGGGGUAAACAGGUAAUUUCGAGUUACAGGCUACAAUCUCACUGUGAUGCGAAAGCAUCCCAAACCCAAACAGAUUUCACAAGAAACAGAUGAUGAUCAGCAAUUCCCAGAAGCAAAGCAAGAAGAUCCAAUUGAGAAAACCAAGAUCCCACUGUGAGCUAAAGAGUCCACCUGAAAAGAUGCAAAUCCCAGGAAGCGAUUUUGAUCCUCCGAGACAGAGUUUCUGGGAGCGAGGAAGGGUUGACAAACAUAAAGAUCCAUUCUUUUCCAAAGAAUCCAAUGUUCAAGUGUUGGAGAAAUGGAAAGUGACAAAAGACUUUCAAGAAGUUGAGGUUAUUCAGCAAGGGGUAUGUACCCUUGGAGAAAUGCUCGUUGAAUCCGACCUCAAGACACAUAAAUCUCGCGUCACUUUCAGGCUUGAUGGAGAUGAGAAAGAAUCUGAAUGCCCUCUGGGGAUAAGCAGCAGAGAUGGAUGGAUGAAGAAGAUGAUGAAGAAGAAGAAAAUCAAGCCAUUGAAGAAGUCUAAAGCUUCACCGUACAGCUGGUGUUUGUGGCCGAGUGAGAGGGAAAUUGAUUUGGAGGAGACAAGUAUGGAUAGAUUAUCUGAUUCUUGUCUUUCAUAUGGAUCAAGCAGUGAUCCAAGGUUGUCUUCAUCUUCUGUUCAGAAGAAAACUGCAUUUAGACAGUUAAACAGGUUGUGUUCUUUUAAAGACAGCAGAAUUGGCCGAGAUUCGACAGAAAAUUUGAAAGGAAAUGAUCAGACCAGUCCAACUUCAGUUCUUGAGCCUCCUUUUGAGGGAGAUACAACUCCAAGCACUGAAUAUUUUGACAGCCCUAUUGAAAAUUCACACAGUUCGGAACUUCAGCUUCAAGAGACCAUUUCGUGGGAUACGUACUCAGAUGGACCAGAAAUGGAUGUCUCAAGCGAUGAUGAUGAAGAUGCCAAAGAUGGAUUUGCUGCAGGUUAUGGUCAACAUCAUCUCGGAGAGUUCUUUGAAGAAGAAAGUGACAGCAAAAGUAGGGACUAUUCGUACCUUGUAGACAUUCUGGACGAGUCUCCGCUGAUGUUCUUGGAACAACAUGAUACGCAAACAGCUUGGCAUUCUUCGGAAUGCCCUAUUAGCCCAUCAGUGUUUGAGAAAUUGGAAAACAAAUAUGCGAGGCGUAACAAGUCUUGGUCGAAGUGGGAAAGGCGGCUUUUGUUUGACUGUAUAAAUGCCAGACUGCUUGACAUGGAGGAUAUCUUUGGUUGUCGCCAACCAAUAUCUGUAAAGGCGGUAUUUGAUGAUGGUCUUACAUUGGGAAGAGACAAGGUUGAGGAAGAAUUGUGGAGGCUGCUAAUAGUUGAUGAGGAAAAUAAGGGAGUGAGUAGUAAGGACUUACCUUACAAAGCCCUGUUUGGAACAGAAACAAAGUGGAUGAAAUUGGAGGUUGAAAUUAGUAGUGUGUGCAAGGAAAUAGAGGAUUACCUUUUUGAGGAAUUAGCACAGGAGUUAGUUCUUAAUCUUUGAGAGGGGAAAAAAAUCCAUUCUUGACCUUUUCUAUCUUAAUUUUGCAUCUAUAAUAUAGAGAAGGAAAUUUGUGCAAUUUUACAACACAUAUUUGGCACAUGCUCUGUAGAGUUCCUAUAUUUUAUUGUACUCCGACUAUAUCUGACUUCUAACAUAUGCACAUUUAUAAAUUACAUAAUACUUAUUUUGCACAUUUAUUUCUUUGCCCGCACACUAUGCAAAUGAUGUAUGCACACUUAAUAAUUGAAUCAUGCUCAUUUCGUUAUUAAAAUAACUUAUAAUUU